AUGGCCCUCGCGGACCCGAAGGCCGAGGUCGAGAAGUACUUCAACGGCGAGACGGGCUUCGGGCGCUGGCAGAAGAUCUACAGCGAGAGCGACGACGUGAACAACGUGCAGCUCGACAUCCGCGAGGGCCACGCGGAGACGGUCGCCAAGGUGCUCGAGUGGGCGGACGCCGAGGGCCGGACGCUCUGCGACCUCGGCUGCGGCUGCGGCGACCUGGCGAUCCCCAUGGCGAAGAAGGGCGCCAAGGUCGAGGCGAGCGACAUCUCCGCGGCCAUGGUCAGCGAGGCGACGGAGCGCGCGGCCGCGGCCGGCGUGACGGCGAGCUUCGAGACGAGCGACAUGGAGAACGUGAACGGCGCCUACGACACGGUGUCCUGCAUCGACGUCAUGAUCCACUACCCGACGGACAAGAUGGUGGGCCUCGUCGACAAGCUCGCGUCGCUCUCCACGGACACGAUCUACGUGUCGUUCGCGCCGAAAACCCCGCAGCUCGCGCUCCUCAAGAAGGUCGGCUCCCUCUUCCCGGGCCCGUCCAAGGCGACGCGCGCCUACCUCCACAAGGAGGAGGACGUCACCGCGGCCCUCGCGAAGAACGGCUUCAAGGUCAAGCGGAGCCACCUCACGUCGCGGUCCUUCUACUUCUCCCUCGCGCUCGAGGCCGUCAAGGCGUAG